AUGGUUUCCGUUCAAACGAUAGCCACAAUAGUGGUCAAAGUGUUCAAAAUCGUUUUGAACAUAGUGGUACUGGUGCUGUACCGUACCGGAUACAAUGGCGAGUUCCUCGGCGUGGGCGGCACUUGGAACCUGAACGAAGAGAAGAACCCCGACGCGGAAAUCGUGGCCUCCGGGGUCAUAGUGGGCUACCUGAUAUACACGCUGGUGCAAGUUGUCACGUUCCUGUUCGGCACCACAGAGCACAAGCGUGCCUUGGGUGACAUCGUGAUGAACUUCGUGGGUGUGUUCCUGUGGAUAGCAGUGGGCGCUGUGGCCCUCCACUACUGGGGCGGCUACCAAGGAGAGCACCAGUACCAGUUCGUGUUUGCUGAGAGACAGGUCGGUCUGGCAGUCGGCGCUCUCUGCGUCAUCCAGGGUGCCGUCUAUUUAUUGGAUACGGUCCUAGCCAUCAUCCACUUCACGAAGGAAAUG